AUGUUCGCGGGAGGCUACUGUCCCGUAGCACAGGCCGUCGUCAGGGCGUGGAAGGAUAUCGAGACGUGGCUGAGCAAGAACUGCCCCCAAAUUAUCAGGACCUUGCGACCUGGUGCCACGGAGAGGCAGCUGCGCGCGGCAGAGGCCACACUCGGCUUCCCCCUGCCUCCUGGGCUUCGCAUGAUCUUGAGGGUUCAUGAUGGGCAGUUUCUUCGCCCCCGAGGCAGAUGGCAAAGCCUGGAUGCCUUUUGUGGCAUCUUUGGUGGGUACUCCCUGUAUGACGAUUACGUCACGAUGGGCCUCCUGUCCCUUGGUGCCGCGUGCUGCGCCGUGCAGCGCUGGUUCUGCGAGUACGCGCGGCGGCUGCGGGACGGUGUGUACGCCGCCUCCCCCAUCUUCCCCCUCAAGCGCAGCCCCAGCACGCCGUGCCUGUACCCCGUGCGCAGCAGCGGUCCCCAUGGCCCCGCCCAGGUCGCUGUGACCCAGGGCAUCAGGGUGCACGCAUCCGUGCUCUUCCUCCCCGAGUACUGCAGCAACCCACAGGAUGAGGCGCGGGGCACCGAGGCCUACACCUUUGCAUACCAGAUCACCUUCAGUCUUUUGAGUGAGGAGGAACAGGCUGCUGCCUGGGACGGUUCCCUCGGCACCUUCCAACCCCUGCUGGCCGUCCAGCUGGUGAACCGCACCUGGCACUUCCUCCCCACAGACCAUGACCCCAUCCUGGCAUCGGGACCAGGCGUGGUGGGACUCUUCCCCCAGCUCAGUGCGGGGGGCCCUUCCCUGACCUACAACUCCUGCACGCAGAUGCCCUGCCCCACGGGCAGGAUGACCGGCAGCUUUGGCUUCAAGGAGGGCGACGCCGAGGCACAGGGCACCCGCUUCAUCGAGGCAGCCUUCCCCACUGUGCACCUGUCGAUCCCAGAGUACAUCUACUGA